AGAAAGGGGGGCAAAGAAAAGGCGGGGUUUUCGAUGGAGCUGAGAGAGAGAGACAAAGUGACUGAGAGCAGCUGAACACUCAAUUUGUGGAAAUAUGAUGGAAGAAGGCAGCAUUGUUUCCAAGGAUGCAGGAGACACAAGCCCUCUGACAGGACCACUUGACACUUCAUCCGUCGCCUCUCCUGCCUCCAUCCCUCCACCGUCUCCCCUCUCUCCUCCGUCCCUGCCCUCCUCAAACCCUCCAGUCCGGCCAUGUCGACCCAAACCUCCACCUCCUCUGAUGAAGUCCUCCCAGCUCCCCUCUUGUCCUCCUCCAUCUGCACCCACUCCUCCAACCAUUCCUCCUCCUCACCGUAUGGUCAUGAAACCUCCUCCCCCUCUCCCUCCUAUCACCAAACCUCCCUCCCCCAUCUCCUCCAAUUCUCCUCCUCCCUGUGUUCCUCCUCCUCUCUCCUCAAACCCUCCUCCUGCAUGUCUUCCUCCUCCUCUCUCCCCUACUCCAGUCUCUCCUUCUUCCCUGCUUCCUCUCCAGCCAACAGAUUCCAUUGAUCUUACUCCCUCUUUUACUCCUCCUCCUACUCUUCCUGCUCCAAUAUCGCCAACAAUACCACCCCCCUCCUCCUCCUCAUCAUCUCCUCCUCCACCUCCUCCUGUUAUCCCACCAUCCUGUCCAUCUCUUCCAUUGUUGAGUCCCAAAGAUCGGCUUGUUGGGAGCGUCUCGAUAUGGCAGCCCAAAGGACUCAGCCAAGACCAAACCACCAGUAUACUGGAGAAAGAUACGGCUGGGGCGUUUCUGGUUCACAGCACAGAGGACGAGGGCAUGACACUGUCAGUGCGUCUGCCUGAUGAACAGGGGGCUCCACUCGUACACAACCUGACAGUCAAACAACACAAGACAUUUUUCCGAUUAGAUGGUUCCUCUUUGGUUUUUGAUGACAUCUUUAAAUUGAUCUGCUUCUACUGCACCAGCAGGGACAUUCUGGCUGUCCCACUGAGGUUACCCAGAGCUGUUACCACUGUAACUAAGAGAGAGGAGCUGGAGCUCAUCUCUGCUAUGGGUGCAGAUUUCUGGAUGUCUGAUCUGAACCAGCAGGCAAAGAACCAGGACCUGGUUUUGGAUCACAGCAGCCUGUACUUGUAUGUCAAUGCAGUCAGUGUGGAGGAGCGCCACGACAAAGAGCUGAACCACUUCUCUAUCACAGAAGCUGAUAUAACUACCAAUCAAAACACCGCCUCCUCACUGCAGAAUGGAGAAGCCCCUCAGAAGACCAGCACAGAAGUCAAAGGUCAGACUAAAACCACGCCCAACCAGGAAAUCAAAUACAAGCGGCCUCCACCCCGACCCCCUAGCCUGGGCUCAUCUGGGAUGGGCCUCCUCUUCUCCUCCGCUCCCCCCUCGCUUUACACUUCAUCUUCUGCAACUCCAGCAGCUGAGAGAAAAGAGGAAGGAAGGGGAGGAGUAGGGGAGAGAGAAGAGAGGAAGUCAAUCUCAAAAUCACUUACUCCAUCAAGGCCUCCUGUCCCCCUGCAGAGCCGCACUGCUCCCCCACUGCCUCCUGCUCCUCUCCGUUGCACCUCCUCCAGGAAGAGCACUGACCGAGAGGUAGGAGAGGGGACGGAGAGAGAGAAGGGACAAAAUCCUGCAAAGGAGACCGAGAGAGGAGGGAGCGGAGAGAGGAGGGAGGAGAAAACAGGAAGUAAAUCAGGUCAGCUGGGUGAGGGGGGUGAACAAGAGAACCAGAAUCAAGACGAGGAGGUAAAAAGGGACAGAGAGAAAGGGAAUGAAAAGGAGGAAAUAGAGAAAAUGGAUAAAGAGGAGGAGAAACAAAAAAACAGUCCCCAAUGUGCCCCAUCAGUGAAGAAACCUUCCCGUCCCAUCCCUCCACCAAGGAGGAGACCAUGUCCCCCAGAGACACCUGUGUGCCCCAACCAGAACGCUGGGAUGAAGGCGCCUCCUCCAUCUCCAGCACGGCGGCCAGAUGUGUCCCUGUACUCGCCACAAGGGGGUGCUGCGCUAGUAACUGAUCCAGACUCCUGCUCUGCCAGCAGUACAGAGGAAGAAGGAGAGCACCAGGAACAGGAGCCAAACCAGAACUGCCCUGUAGAGAGCCGAAGCCCCAAAGCAGCAGUCAGGAGAACCCCCACCACUGUCAUGUUGGACCGAGCCCGCUACCGCCUGUCCAGCGUCCUCACCGGCCUCAUCAGCCACGACCGCCGCCUCACACAGCGCAUCGUGGAGCUGGCCAGGGACCCUCUGAGCUACUUUGGUAACCUGGUGAAAGAGCACCGUGCUUUCACUUUGGAGACCAUGUCAAAGCACGCCUCCACCACUGAACUACUGCAGGAAAUCAGACAGAUGAUGACUCAACUGAAAAGUUACCUGCUGCAGAGUACAGAGCUGCAAGCCAUGUUGGACCCACAGCAUCAGUAUACACAGGACAAACUGGAGAACAUAACAGAAGCUGCUCUAUGUAAGAGUGUACUGAAGCCACUUAGGGACCCAAUUUACCGAAGUCUGGAGACACUGCGCACCAAUGACAACAGCCUGAAACAACUGACAGACAACCAGUCUUGUGUCCUCGGCAGCACCACCACAGCAUUAGGAGUAACCACAGCUGUCCCAGAGGCCUCUUCUAUGGAGAAGAUCAGCAUCAAACUCAACAACAUGCAUUUGGAGUAUUCCCCCCAGAAAAAGAUUGACAUUAUGCUGAAGACCUGCAAGAUCAUCUAUGACUCCAUGUCUGUCAGCUCCCCAGGGCGGACCCAUGGCGCUGAUGACUUCCUGCCUGUAAUGAUGUACGUCCUGGCUAGAUCCAAUCUGUCCGCCCUGCAGCUGGAUGUUGAGUAUAUGAUGGAGCUGAUGGACCCAUCAUUAGCACUAGGAGAAGGUUCCUACUAUCUGACCACCACCUACGGGGCUCUGGAGCAUAUUAAGACUUUUGACCAGCAGAGGUCAGCAACACGGCAGCUCAGCAGAGAGGUUCAGGACUCCAUCCAUCGCUGGGAGAGACGACGCACACUCAACCAGGAACGUAUGUCCCAAGGAUCUGUUCAGGAUUUUCUGACAGUGUGUUGUCCAGACAUUGGAACCGACCCAAAAACUCUGGGUGUCCUCCCCACUACAACAAUGCAACAGCUGACUGAGCAGUGCGCUGCACGCUUUGAACAAGACUCUUACAUUCUCAGUGUAUAUGUGGAUGGUGUUCAUCAGCCCUUGGCUGCUACAGACCUGGCCCUCAGUGUGAAGAAGAAUUCCCAACCUGGAGCCUACUGCUUCGUUUAUCACCCAGCUGACCAGCCCGUCAGCAAGCCCAGCCGCAGAUGCCCCACUGACUUGCCUCCAGCUCCGCCUACAACAAGCUUUUUCCCAGCUGAUUUUACAGCUAUGGACACUGUGGAGCCCGAAGCAGAGGAGGAGAGUCUGAUUAGCUUAUAGCAUCACAGUAGCAGCUGCUCUAUCAAUGUGGUUGACAGAAUUACUGUGGUGGCUGCAUCAACAAACAAAAUUUUGGACAGUGUUUUAAUCUCAGGUCUCACUUGAAACACUGAUAUAAUUGAAACUUCAAUGAAGAAAUUAUAAAUUACAUGGAUUAGUGCAUGCAAGAUAUCACAGAAUACUGUAUGUGAUCAUGUAGUAUGAGCCCUUGCUUUGAAUGUAUUUAACAUGCCUCACCAAGGGGGGCGACAAAAAGCAAAGAGCCGGGCUGGCCCCUGGCAUAAACCCUGGCGAUCAACAGGUGAACGUAUUAUAGUGUAACCAUUGCAGUGUGUGUGUGUGUGUGUGUGUGUGUGAUCUGUGUGUAUAUCCAACAUAGUGAGGACCAUGACAUUUAUUAACCAACAGAGUGAGGACAUUUUCGGGAAAUGAUGACAUUUCGGUCCUCACUUCUUCAAAGACCUAUUUAAGGGUUAGGAUUUGGUUUCAGGGUUAACCCUCUGGAGUUUGGGGCUUUUUUGCCCAUUUUUUGAAUUCUUAAAAAAUGUUUACCAUACCAUGCCAUGCCAUAUCAUUCAAUCAUCAUAUCAGCACAACCUCACAUAUAUGACCUAACAAUUAUUUUUUGACUUUGACUUACUGGAUCAACAUUUUGAACCAAAAAAAACCCAAAACAACAUAAAAUCAGAUUUUUCAUUAUGAUAUUUGUUUCACACAAUCAUGCUCAAUGAAGAAUUUAAAUGUUGUGUUUAAAUGUGAACACAGGUUGAAAAUAUAACAUAUAAGAGGUUAAAUGAGGAGAACAUCUAGUUCUAUAUUUUUAUACUAAAUUUAUUUGACCUUAUCUCCUAUCAACAUCAAACAAAAUCUGGCAUGGAGUUUCAAGCCAGAACUUUAGAGAGAAGCAGACAGCAAUGCUCGACGCUGCUGCAUUUUUUUUCUGUUUUGUGUCUCAUGAAGUAAUGCGCCGCCGCUUUUGUGGACUCCAGAGGGCUACGGCUACAAUAAGGUUUAGGUUAGGACCUGUUUAAGGGUUGGAGUUAGGCUUUUUUGUGAUGGUCAAGGUUAGGGAAAAGGGGCAUAUGUAAACAAGGAUAUAAGUACAAGAAUGUGUGUCUGUAAACUUGCACUUCCUACAUAAUGAGGACAGUAACAUUUCUUUAACCAACAGAGUGAGGACAUUUAUGGGGAAAUGAGGACAUUUCCCUAAACUAUCCCCCAAAAAAUGUAAUAACCGCUUUUCCAACUCUAGUCAAUACAUUUUUAAUAAUAUCACUUGUGACGUUUUGUAAUUCUACUCAAUGUAAUACUUAUCACUUACAACUACCAGUAUUUAACAUCAAAAUGCAUACAUAAUCUGGAAAAUAAUUUAAAUUGUAGUAUAUAUUUUCAUAUUCAAAUAUUGUGAGAGUUGUUCAUUAAUUUGUUCAGCUCUAUAGUGUGUGUGAGUGUGUGUGUGUGUGUGUGUGUGUGUGUGUGCGUGUGCGCACGCGCGUGUGUGACAAUUUUUAUUUUAAGCACAGCUAUGGUAGGAGCUGUAAACUUUGAUUUUCAUUCCAAACUUUCCAGUAAUUUUCCAGUAAGCAUCAAAAAUAAUUCCACAUUUGUCUAUGUACUAAUCCUGAUCUUAUUGUAAAUAUAAUAAAUAAACAA